GACCUUACCGGCGCGGCACAAACAUUACAACUCGUCGUCAUAGCAACACUGCACGACAGGUGAAUUGUCUUGAGCUGAGCGGGGUAACUUUCGGACCAAUACGAGACAAAAAAAUAUGUUGGCUUGACUUCGUUUUAGAAUGAUUAAGACCCUGGUAUGACAGACAUCAAGGGUUUCAUUUAAGAAAGAAAGAAUAAUUAUACCUAAUUUACUUUGCAUUCAAUUGUAACAAGCAAGCCUGGCCAAGGCGUUACCUUGACGAAAUACCAACGUGACUCUGAACGCGAGCUGGCGCUCUUUCACAAAUCAUAUGACGUCACAGGUAAAAUGGCAACUUACAUAGACUUGCGAAAAAAUUGAAAGAGGGUUUUACUUCAAGGAUUACGAAAAAGCUACGAUAUCAUUUCUUCAAUUAGCCUUCAUAUUAAUUGUGUGGUUCUAGUAUAAUCAUCUAUAAUCAUGGCCACCUCAUCGGAAGAAGUCUUACUGGUUGUGAAUCAAGUCCGUAGCAGGAAGAGCAACGGUAGCCUUUAUCUGAUGGGUAAACGUCUGGCCUGGCAAGAAGACAACAAAGAAGUCUUCACUAUCAGCCAUUACUAUGCAGAUGUCAAGCAACAGAGAAUCAGUCAGGAUACAAGUUCCAAAGUCCAGCUUCAGAUCCUGCUUCACAAUGGGUCCAGCACCAAGUUUCACUUUGCAAACCGUGAGGGUCCAGCGGUCCAGAAGCAAGACCGUAACGAUGUCAAGGAGCUACUCCAGCAGCUCCUUCCAAAGUUCCGCAGCCAAGCAAGUAGAGAACUGGAACAGAAAAAUAAGAUGUUGAAGGAUGAUCCGGAACUGUUUCAGCUCUACCGUGACCUGGUGAUGAGUGGGGUCAUGACUGCAGAUGAAUUCUGGGCCAGCCGUAUCAAUAUGGCCAAGCAAGAGAAUCCUUCGUCUUCCUCCACUUUGGCUUCAACCAGCAGUGAAGGAGGUCAAGGGGUCGGUGUAUCAGCAGCGUUCCUCUCUGACAUCAAACCUCAGACGGAUGGUUGCAAUGGAGUCAAGUAUAACCUGACGGCAGACAUCAUUGAUUCUAUAUUCCGUAUCUACCCAGCAGUGAGAAAGAAGCAUCUUGAGAGCGUCCCUCAUACAAUGUCAGAGAAAGAGUUCUGGACAUGUUUCUUCCAAUCUCAGUACUUCCAUCGAGAUCGUAUCAAUGCUGGAAGCAAAGAUCUCUUUGCUGAGUGUGCCAAGAGAGACGAGAAAGAUAUGACGGAGGAAGCAAACCAAACUGUAAAAGACCCUCUUCUUGAUAUACAGGGGUUAUCUGACAGGACACUAAAUGAGGAAUUCGGGUUUUCUUUGGACAAUGUAAAGCAUUCAAGUAACGCGGUCAAUAAAUCCAUCAUUAAACGGUUUAAUCAUCACAACACACGGGUAUUAGCUGCAUCAGAAUCAAACAAGAGAAACAUAGAUGACGUCGAUGGACCAUCAACCAGCUCCCAAUCUUCCACACCAAGUCAGAACUCAAACACAAAUCAUCGAGUGGAGGGAGGAGGGGAUGGAGACGAGAGCACUGCAAAGAAAGCCAGGUUACGAGAAGCAAUAGAGAUUGAAGAUCUAGCAUCUACCUCGAAGCAAGAUGGUGUUUCCUUGAGGCUUGAAAGGACAGACAGGUAUUAUCAUGGUCCAACCGUUGUCCAGUCUACCGAUUACUUCUCUUCGGAGGAAGUGCUUGGUGCCUUGAGAGCUGUCCAGUCCGAGGUCAUGUCUUCUGUGCCUAAUCUACAUAAGGUUAUCUCCAGUAAUACAGCGAGGUCAGUGAUGGGAGAGCUGACACCAGGGGGCGCCCUAAUGGCAAGCUUGUCACAUCAACCUGUUCACACCUUGUAUAGUCCUGAGAUCCAGAAAGAAGUGAAGAGGUUGUACGCUGCCCUUGCAGAGCUUUUGAGGCACUUCUGGUCGUGUUUCCCUAUCACCAAUCGCUCUCUUGAGGAGAAGGUCUUCAGAAUGAAAGGCACUCUAGAACAGUUUCAGGCCAAGAAAAUGAAACCAUUCAAAGAUACCCUUGCAAAACAACAUAUAGGGCUUAAUUUGAUGAUCCACAUGGAAGAUCUCCUGCAAACUGCUUACAAGAAAUACGCUCAGUGGCAGAGUAAGAAACUUGGUGCCAAGUUAUCAUGACACCGGCCGAACCUUACCCCAGACUCAAGGACUCUUUGAGGAUACUCGUGCAUGGGUUGCUCCUAAUAGCCUUUAUUGGUGAAGACUUGGAUAUCUGAUGUAGCAAAAGUGGAAGAAACUCAUUUCAGGUGCUGAUACCAGCCGAUCAUGUUUAAAGAUUGGACACCGAGACAGAGAGGUCAUCUAACAUUUACCAUUGGUGAUAGCUGGGAAGUCCUGUUGAAGUUACUAAGUGCUUACUGGUCCAAUGAAUUUUGGAUGAAUAAGAAAUGCACAAACUAACAGAGGAAAACAUUAUUUUUAAGUUAUUCUUCUCAAAAUGCUUGAAUACUUCGACUCAAGACUCAAGAAUCUUUGCAGAUAUUUUUGCAGACUGACUGGAGAGGCAGAGUAUCCUAGAACUGGGAAAUUUGGGUCACAGUUACUCCAUCCUUAUGACUUUAGGAUGUAAAAAAUAAAGUGCCAACUCAUAAUGAACAGACAGAAUGAGAAAUUCUUGCUGCCAAAAAUAUCAUGACACCAGUCAAAUCUGAUAUAGCAAUAAAAGACUCGUCCAAAUAAGGCAUCUUGAAGAUAUUUUGCAGGCCUUUUGCUUAUCCCUUACUGAGAUUAGCAGCCCUCAACAUUUAUUGGGAUAUAAUCAUAAUGUGUAUAGCUUGUGCCUCCAUGUUUCAUGACUAAUUUUCCUCAGAAGUCAAAUUUGAGGCUGCCAUGUGCGAGUUCCGAAGUUUCAUGACACAAUGUUAGUGCAUGUCAGACCUGAAAUUUUUCUAAAAAUGUUAUUUGUGUACAACUCUCAUGCAAAUUUUGUUUUGGACCAAAAAUUAAAAAAAAUGUACAUCUAUCAUAAUUUAUAAUUUUGCUGAUUUAACCCUUAAAGGCCAGGGGGGGGGGGGCGGAAUCCGCCCCUCUAAAUUUUUCAUGAUAAAUCCGCCAUGCGAAAAUUUUUCGACCGCACCGCUCGCUGACUUUUUACUUUCAAAUCUCGCACAACUUUUGAGACCAAAUUUGCUUUGCCCGGGUACGCGGUUACGAAAUUACGCAACAUUAUGUAAGUGCACGUCAGACCCAAAGCUGCUCAAAAGCGUGAAUUCAUGUACAAAUCCAAUGCACUCUGUGUAUUUAGCCAAAAUUCAUAAAUGUAUCAUUAUUUCUACUUUUAAUGAUUGAACUUAAUUAAUUUUAUCUUGUUUAUGAUCAAAAUUAAGUCUGCAACAAUUUCCAUCGAAAAAAAAGUCGGAAAACAAAGAAAUACAUCAGAAAUUAAAAAACAUUAAAAUACAAAAGACAAAAUUUGCGAUACCAACAUUUUUUUUGAAGUACAUUUGAUCGGGAUCCUACAAAAUGUCUGUGAAUAAAAAAAUAGCAGUUUUGGGCCCAUAUGAUAGUUGAUUAGAGCAAAUGUUUUAUUCAUGUGUAAAUUAGCAUAAUUCAUGAAAUGAAAAAUCUUAUCAUUUCAAAAAAAAUAAUCAUACAUACAGCCUUGUAGAUUUUAUCGCACACUACUACCGUGCGAAUCCCCCCUGGCUGUGAGAUGGGUCCAAAUUACUCGGCUCUUUUGGGGUUAAAAGAAUGUAUUUCAUGUUUUAUAUAUAUAUAUGCUCAGUGUCCUCAGUGAUAUAGUACAACAGAAAUGUUAGAAUUACAAUGAAAUAUGAAAUAGAUAAAUAGAAAAUAUGAUUAAAUACAUCAGAAAGACUCGGUACCUUUGUGUAUAUGUUCAUUUGAUGAUAAUCCUAAAAAGAGUAUUUAGACCCGUAUUUAACAGUUUCAGACCUUUAUUAAAAGAUUGACAGCCAAAAUAUUGUUAUUCUCUAAUUUGAAUAAUUGGUUGGAAAUAUAUUUGAAUGAUUUCGAACAACCAUCUAAAUGAUUUUUGGAUAUACUGUCGAUGACGUGAAUGCUGAAUUGUGUUGGAUUGCAAGAUCAAAGGCUGAGUUAUGUGUGGGGCCAAUUAGGCCCUUGCAAUAUUUCAAUUUUAAUAUUUUAUUCAUGGUUCUAUUAACAUUUUGUUCAUUUUGGCCCCCAGUGCAGAAUGACAGCAUUUAAAUGCAACAUACAAUAAUCACUUGCAAGUCCAAAAUGCACUUGUCUGAUUAGUUGAAAAUCAUGUUGCAAUUGAUUUAGGGAGUUGUAAUUGAUUACAGCUUUGUCUGUAACUGGCAUCUGGAAAUUCCAAAUUUAUUUACGUGUAGUAAUUUGGUGCUUAAAUGCUUUUUUCAUGAUAAAAGAGCUAGAUAACAGUAAAAAUAUGAUGAUUCAUUACCUGGGUCCCGUAACACAAAGGUUAGCGAUUGAUCGUACGCUUGAUUUUUAUGAUUGAUUGUACAUUGUUGUCAAUGGAAUCAAUCGUAGAAACGAUUUGUGCGAUCAUUGCUAAGCUGUGUUACGGCCCCCGGUGUAUGAAACAUUAAAAAUAAUGAUAAAUGGUAAUGAUAAAAAUGUAAUUCAUAAGGUAAUGCACACAUACAAUGUAUACAUGUAUCUAAGCGCUUAUAGAUUUAUUAAUACCCAUCGGAUUCAAUCAGUCAUUCCUGCACACAAUGUAUGCACAUUCUCCACUCCCGGGGGAGUAGCCCAGCCAGUCAAGAGAUGCACACAAUACAAGAAAAGGUACAGUGACUUUCACAUCCUACUAGAUACCCUAUAGCACCUGGGUGGAGAGUGACAAAGUAUGGAUUGAUGCCUUGCCAACAAAUGCUUCUUAGAAUUGUGCUCCAGUGGGAUUUUUAUCAUGCUGUUUUAUCGAAGGCAAUUAAAGGUGAUUUAAUACAAGAUAUGUGAGUAUGAUCGAUUCAUGUUUUGUGUACCAAAUUUUGAGAAUAAAGAAAUAAUUGUCCAACAAUUGAAAUCAUGCUUGAUCUAUUUGAGAGUGUAUACUCAUGCAUUAUACAGAGCAGUUAAAAAGGUUAUCCAUUUGUAGUUCAUUGAUAAUCAGAGAGUACUUUCAUUUAAGAUUCCUGGAUAUGAUUGAUAACUAAUGCAUGCCUAUGAUACCAAACCUCACUGAAUGAAUAAAGUGUUGAAGAAAACGGGUACAAAUUCUACUGUUUGCAAAAUUUUGCUGUUAAAGCUAUAGUGAAACUCGCUGAAGUAUUAUUGUCAGCAAAUAUUGUCAUUUUGAAUAACCAAUGAAAGCUUGAACAUUGCUUUCCUGAAUAAGAAAUUGAAACACACACAAACUUGAAUUGAUCUUCCUAUUUUGUUUUGUAUUAAAAAAAACUAUGUGGGGACAGAAAUGUAUUUCAUGAAAUAAAAAACUGACAAACUUCAUAAA